UUGAGGGUGCUCGUCCGCGUCAAACCGAAAUCUCAUCCCUCGAUUCGCAGCCCGGGACUCGAUCGUUUGAGGCUUCAGCACAGUGCCACCAUACCGCAUGGCGCUGCUCGACUGGGCUGCUACUGCCUUGAAGGUUAGGCAGGCUCUGGAUGAAGGCGGAGGCUCAACAGCAGGCCCGACGGGCGAAACACGCGCCCCGGCCCUGUAUGGCUUCAUGGCGUCCUUUGGCCCCUUGGCUUUGAUCGCCGUCAGCCUCCGCUUCUAUGCCAGAAUCCGGUUUGUAAAGCUUGGAUGGGACGACAUCACCAUCGCCAUUGGCAUGGUGUUGUAUACGGGACUCAUCAUAGCAACCGUUGAGGCAAUCAAAUAUGGCCUCGGGGUGCACAUCUGGGAAGUCCACCGUGAAACCGAGCAGCAGAUGCAAAAGUGCGGCUUUACUUCGCAGGUGCUGUAUCCGGCGUCACUGGGCGUCAUCAAGCUGUCCAUCAUCUUGUUCUUCAUCAGGAUCCUACCGCCGGAGCACACGUGGAAGAAGGCUCUGUACGGCCUUGCCUCAUGGGUCGUCGUGUCCGAAACCGCUUUCACCGUGGCCUUGUUCCUCCAGUGUCGACCGCUGAACUACUACUGGGACAAGACGGUCGAGGGCACCUGUUUUGAUCAGCCCAAAUUCUACUAUGUCGAUGCCGCGCUGAACAUGGCCACGGAUCUGGUCAUUCUGUCAGUGCCUUGGUUCGUCUUCAGAGGUGGGUUGCCCUGACAACUCCCACCAGACACUUCCCAUGCCCGGACGGCCAAUUUAGCCCGUCGUCUUUGAGGCAGAUUGCUGACUUUGUUUCCAGGUCUAAACCUGUCUCGGCGGAAAAAGUAUGAGCUCCUCACCAUCUGCUCCGUCGGCGUUUUGUGAGUGUAACCAGCCUGAGCUCUUCGCGAGGUUGCAAUGGACAUACUAGUAGUACUAACA